UGUGCGCAGCGCCAGUUCCAACGGAGAUUCCUCGAAAUACACGCGCGUAGUGAAUUAAAUACAACUCUAUGAACUUUAUGUGUGUGAGUGAAUUUCUCUGCAAGCAUAUCAAUUCAAAUUAUGAAGAAUCAAAUUUUACAAAUAAUAAAACACACGAUAGUAAGUCGUGCACAUUUAACUCCAGAGAUGGCGUUACGUCUGCUCACACCACAAUGUGCACUUUGGUCCGCACCUGUUGAAGAUAAUCCCUUCAAAGAUCCUUAUUGGGCAUUUUACUGGCCUGGAGGACAGGCCACUGCGAGAUAUAUUUUGGAUAAUAAGCAUUUGGUAAAAGAGCGCGUGGUUAUCGAUGUGGGUUGCGGUUGCGGCGCUGGCGCCAUCGCGGCCGCAAUGGGAAACGCGCGCAGAGCUGUCGCUAAUGACAUAGACCCAGUUGCGAUCAUAGCUUCACAAUUAAACGCUCAAUUAAACGGAGUUGCUAUAGCUACCAGUUCUGAGGACCUGGUGGAUACUGUCUGCUCCUGUGACGUGGUGUUGGUGGGAGAUAUGUUGUAUGAUGAAGAGUUUGCUGACAGACUAUUCUCGUGGCUGACGCGCUCAGCACGCGAGGGGAAACUGGUUUUGAUUGGUGACCCAGGACGUCACGGUCUGACAGGGGAGAGACGGUCUCAGCUGAGUCUAUUGGGAACAUAUCCUCUGCCGAAGGACACAUGUCAGGAGAACUACGGAUAUACUGACGCUAAUGUAUGGAGAUUAAAAGCGAAUUGA